AUGAACGAUGUGGGAGCUGAUGGACAUCAUGGACAGUGGGGCUUUAGUCUACGGCGGCUCAAUUUACAGGUUAUUGAUGUUGUUGCGAAGCAUGGAGGAUGUAUGAUCGUGGACUCGACUCGGCGAGGCAAAAGCAUGCCUGAUGCAUUAUCGAAGACGGUCCCGAUCUGGAUCGCGACUCUCAAUCGCUACCUCUUUCCUGAGCUCCCUACUUAUCAUGACCUUCGUACACCAUCCAGUUUCGUCUCGUCAUCAGAGCAUGCACAGAUCGAAGCAAGACUGCCAGGCUUCGUGCAGGAUCUCAGUAGUCUGAAGAUCGAUUGUGAGGGCCUGCGCAAGCUGCUGUCCAAGCCAAUGCAAUCUAUUUGGAUCACUCCAGAGGACGAGCCCACCUUCACUCCCCUCGAGGUCACCGACACCCAUCACAAUAUCGUCUUGUGCACAGCCUCCAGUGCCUCUAGUCAAGCAAUGCAUCACUCAUCAGGCUACGUCCAGGGUGCAGCAGAUGAUAGCGAGACCUGGGCGUGUGGCCUCGACGCCCAGACGUACUGGAUGUGGGGCAGUGAGCUCUUACACAAGCCGGAGGAAGAUAUGCCGUCCAUCAUCAGGGCGAUGGUAGCGAGCCGCAUGAAGGUCGCUUCGCGCAAGCCAGUGUUAGUACGGCCCACCACCAAUAUCUGGAUAGCGAAUAAUGCUGCUGUCGAGGAGAACUCGAAGGAUUACGACAUUGUCGUGCAAUGCGGUACAACUGCAAAUUCUAGUCUUGCCGAUAUGCUGGGCACGCGGUACAUCCAUCUUGCCUGCGAUACGGGCAAGAAUGGUAGCCGUCAAGUCAGACCGCAGUUGGCGAAGCUAGAGGUCCUGCCAAAACUGCUAAAGGAGGGUGGAAAUAUUCUCGUGACCUGCGCAACAGGCAAGGAUCUCGCAGUCGGCGUGGCUCUCGCCAUGAUAUGCCGGCUGUGUGAUGAUUCCGGCAAGCUCGAUCUACCUUCCCAAGGCUUCGAGGAAGUGCGCGUGCUGAACAAAGCACUGAUCAAGCAGCGUCUGAGCUGGAUCAUGGUUUCCAUGCCGGAUGCCGCGCCUAGUCGGGCCACUCUGCAGAGUGUGAAUUCGUACCUCAUGGGCUGA